AUGGUGGCUGACCCCCUGCUUGGGUUGACCAAGACCGACAUCGGGGCGAUGACGUCAGCGUUCCCGGCCGCCUAUGGCAUCAGCAAGUUUGCCGGCGGCAUGCUGGGCGCGGCCUUCUCCCCUACCAAGAUGCUCGCCUAUGGCCUCAUGGCCACAUCAGUCGUCAACAUCGCCUUCGGUUUUGGCAGCAGCGUGGUCUACUGGUCGGCCCUGUGGGCCAUCAACGGCGCGCUGCAGGGCAUCGGCGCCCCCGCCUGCGCCAUGCUACUCACGCGCUGGUUCGCGGCCAAGGAGCGCGGCAGUGAGUAG